GUGGUGAGAGUUUAAGGAGGAUAUGCGACUGUACGAUGAAUGCUGCACAUUGGUGACAGUGACGUAUUUGUGGCUGUGAUGGGAUCAAGGCACACAACUGUCCAGUAACUUCAUGGCAUCUCCCGUUGUAGAACCACAGCCAGCAUUAUGGUUGAGUUACUUCUUUCUUUACGAUGGUUCAAAAGUGAAAGAGGAAGGUGACCCCACAAGGGCUGGAAUUAAUUACUUUUAUCCUCCUCAGACCUGUAUUGACCAACAAGAGUUACUGUGUGGCCAGAUCGCAGGGGUCGUUCGCUGCAUCACUGAAAUUUCCAAGUCUCCUCCGAACCUCAUCAGACUGCGCAAGCUGAAAUUUGCCAUUCAGGUUCAUGGCGAGUAUUUGUGGGCGCUUGGAUGCUCAAUGGAUAUCGCCGAUGUCAGCUGCAAGUGUUUUCUUGAGGAUCUUGUUGGGCUCUUCCGGUUUUAUAAUGGACCCUUAUGGCAUGCUUAUCGGGUCCGCUCCCGGGAAGAGCUGAGCGAGGAAUGGAACCUUUAUCUGGAAUACAUACAGAACACUCCUGAGUUACACCGGAUCUUCAACUCCCUCAGCCAUGUGGACAAAACCAAAGUGGAUCCACUUCUUUUACUGAAGGCUGCACUCAUUCUGCAGACAUGUCAGCGCUUCCCUCAUAUCCUGGCUGGCUGCAUUAUGUAUAACAAUCGGAUAGUGAGUACCCAGCUGCCUCCCGCUUUGACUUCCAGGAUUCUCCUACAGAGGCUUGUACUAGCUUCACCAACAGCAAGCGGCUCUCAAGAUCAUGAUACUUGCUUACCACAGGACGUCAACAUGAUUCCGGUAUUUCUAAUGGAGAAGGAAGCAACAGCACUGCGCCAAUACCCUGUCCAGUGGAUGACCAGAAUACCAAGUUUUUCAAGGAGAACAUCUAGCAUGUCCCACAGCCUCAGUGAGGAAGCACAAAUCAAUCGGUCACACAUCUCAGAAGCAGACUUCCUAGAUGAAGAAAAAAUGCAGGAAUCUUCUUCUCUGACAAAGGUGGACCUUUUAGAGCAGUCCUCUGUGGAAAUUGUUACUAGUGAACAGGAGAGUGUUAUCUCAGACACUGCUUGUGUUAGCACCAUGGUGCCUACUGUCAUACAGAGCUCCUCUCCAGUACAGCAGAUACUUCACCCAGGUGACAAAGCAAAGCAAGAGUUUAUUAAAGUGGGGGACCAUGACAAUGUGUUCACAGACACCAAUCCGGAAAAUAUUUAUCCAGUGGCUUUUGAUGACCAACCAGAGGAUGUAUCAAAAAGAGAUUAUGAACGCAGAAGUGAUUGUUUGUCCACAGGAAGUUAUGCAACAUGUUAUUCCACAGAUGAGUUAGAGAAGAGCAGCCCUGAAUCUGGCUUCUCCAACCCAGAGGACAGUAAAGAUACCAUAAAAACCCAAGUCCUAGAAGGCCAAGAAGAGCCUCCAACUAAGAAAAAUAGCUUUCUAGAAGACCCUCAAGAGCAUUUACUUAAUACAGUUGUGAGUGCAACAGAGUUAUUGGGCAUUACAGAAGGUGACACUCAAGUUACUGCAAAAGGUAGCGCAGAAGUUAUUACACAGCUAUAUGAAAGAAGCAGUAAAGAGGACAUUCUGUCAAACAGAACCUCUAGCAUCACAGACUGGACCUUAACACUGGACUCGAAUCCAUCAAUCAGCAGCUCGAAACUAGUUAAGAUGGUAUUAUAUGUCCAUAAUGUGAACGGCUUAGUUCUGUCUCUAAUAGCAGAAAACGAUUUCAAAUACAUCAGAGAGUUCAUUCAGGAUGUGUAUGACAGCACCUUGGCUUCUCUGAAUGGCUUAGAAGUUCAUCUGAAGGAGACUUUGCCCCAUGACAACAACAAUGUAGCAAAAAGCACUCACAACUUUACCCACUAUGAUUUGAUCCAGAACAUUCUCACAGCUAAUCUUCCAUCUUCAUCAAACACUCAAGACCGCCACUUCCUUCGAGCUGCCAACCUAAUCCACGCUGACUUUAGCGCACAUCCUUCUCUCUUGGAGGUUACCAUAAGAAAUGGUUCUUCUGCGGUCUUUGGUUGCCAGAGCAGUGUCCACGAGACUUACUUCCAGCAGCUGUCACCUCCCUUCCGCAAUUCAGGAGGUCCAGAUUCCCAGGACACUGCUUUCAUGCUACAGAGCAAAGCCAAGCAGAAGCUGCUGAAAUAUGGGCUUAACCUGCUGUAAGACACUUCCUCAAAGCAAAGAUAUUCAUUGGACUUCCAUUCUGGGCUCAGGCUUCCAUUCUGGGCUCAGGCUUCCAGGACACUUUCUACAUAUUCCAAAUAUAAGCACUGCAAGACUUUCACUGCAGUUAAUGGACCAUAUACUAAGUCAUACAUUGUGUACUUCUAUUAUUGAUGAACCCGCUUCUGACUAAAAUCUUCCACAUUUGUGUCUUUCUAAUGCCACAUAUUAAAGCAACUUUUCAACCCUGUAUAUGUGCUGCUGGCUUGUAAAUGUUAGUGGCA